UUCAUUCGCUCGUGUUCUUGCCCUCGGAGGGAGCAAAUGUCAAUAGGAGACAAUGGAGCAGAUGGAGAACUUUCAUUAGUGCUUUAAUUUCAUUUCGAGCUUCCUCUGACGUCCUGAUCGACAGUUUUGACACUUGGCGUGCGCGGUUGUUCUGCAUCUCCAGCGGACGUUUAUCUCAUAUUUGACCAUAUAACAUGCUGAAUUGUUAUGAACCGCGCUGAAAACAGAACGGCUUUUCUCUGGUGAAUAUAAAAGAGGCAAUUUGGCGUCAUUUCGAGCCAGUUCUCGUCGGACACGCGCGGAAAUGGAUCUUAUGGGAAUCUACCUGCUUCAUCUCAGCUUCGCGGCUCUGCAGGUUGUGCUUUCUGCGAGCAGAGACUGUCUCAUAGCGGGAGACACGUGUUCCAGUGAUGAGACGUGUAGCCCGCGUCUGCGGACCCUGCGUCAGUGUGUGGCCGGUAACGGCAGCAUGAAGCUCGGCCCCGGAGCCCGCAGUCAGUGUGCAAACGCCGUGUCUGCGCUUCUGUCCAGUCCUCUUCACGGCUGCCAAUGCAGACGAGGCAUGAAGAGAGAGAAAAACUGUCUGAGCAUAUACUGGAGUCUCCACCAGUCUGGCAUCCACGGGCUUAACCUGGUGGAGAACUAUCCGUAUGAAGCGAUCGAGAAAGGAUACGACUUUGUCCGUCUGGCCUCCAUCACUGCAGACUCUGAGCUCGGCAUGAAUGCAGUGAACCGCUGCCUGGACGCUGCCAAAGCUUGCAACGUCGACGAUGUGUGCCAGAAACUGCGCACAGAGUACGUGUCAACAUGCAUUAAACCCUCCACCAAGUCGGGUUUGUGUAACCGAUCGAGGUGCAACAAGGCCUUGCGGCGGUUCUUCGACCGUGUGCCUCCGGAGUACACCCACGAGCUGCUGUUCUGCCCUUGCAGCGACACGGCCUGCUCAGAGAGACGACGACAGACCAUCGUGCCCAGCUGCUCCUAUGAGGGAGAAGAUAAACCCAGCUGUCUUUCCCAGAUGAGGAUCUGUAAGGCCGACUAUGUUUGCAGAUCCCGUUUGGCCCAGUUUCAGUACGACUGCCAGCCAGAAGAGCGGUCUGCCACCGGCUGCAAACAGGGAAACUACGCUGCAUGUCUUAUUGCUUACACUGGACUGAUAGGCAGUCCAGUCACCCCAAACUACGUGGACAACUCCUCAUCCAGCGUGUCUCCCUGGUGCUCGUGUUCAGCCAGCGGGAAUCUGAGAGAUCAGUGCACCGAGUUCCUCAAUUAUUUCACCGACAACCUCUGUCUCAAGAACGCGCUCCUGACGUUUGGGAAUGGAAUGGACUUCAGACCCACUCCCACCCGACCCCCGCGGUUCAUCCCUGUGACGGACCGAGGGCCACGAAAUACGACUGUGUUUGUCACAACGGAGACAGAAGCGAGCGCUCUGAGCCCAGCCAGACCCACACAGGACUCUGUGAAGGUGAGGCUUUGGUCGGACUCCACCGCGUCCUUCGACACACAGCAGAACUCGGCUCACGUGUUCGCCGCGGCGUCGAUAACCGUCUGGAUCUGUGUGUCUCUCAGCUUCUUGCUCAGCUGUGUUCAGUAACCGUACACAAGACAUUCUGUCCGGUCCGUAACUUCAGAUAAACUGGAUCCAGUUCAUCU